AUGGGAUUCGACUAGUAAUUAAUGGAACGAUUUUAACUCCUUUUACCAUAUGUUUUAGAAUUAGAAGGUGGUUAAGUAUAUAUAUAGGAGUAUCCAAAUCUAAAAGAUAAUAGUCGCUUAAAUUAAGAUUAAUAUAAUGAAUGGUUAAAUAAAAAAUAAUAAAAAAAUUAAAACAAUUCAAAAUACUAAAUUAGAGAUGUAUCAUUAAUUACUAAGGAAGAUAUUUAAGAAUAUUAUUAUGAUAUUUUUCUUUAACAUAAAUGUGAUAAAAUUGUAGAUUUAGGAACUUGCUAUUAAUAUUUUGAUAUGGUAAUUAAUAUAGGACCUUAAAAUGCUGCUUUAAUAAUGUAAAAGGCUUGUAAUUCUUCAUUAGAUGGUGUUUUAAACAAAAAUACUAUUUCAAUAGUGAAUAACAUGGAAUAAAAUAAAUUAUAAAAAAGUAUUAUUGAAGCUAGAAAAAAAUAAUUUUAAAAAUUUUGUGAUGUGAAAGUAUUUUGUAAGAAAUUUGAAAGAGAUUUUAAUAAUAGAAUAAAUAAAAUUUAAGAACGAAUUUUAAAGGGUUUUUAAAAUAUAGAUAAAACUAAGAGUGGUUCUAAUAAUUAAUAAGAAGUAGCUAUAAAGAAUAUUUAAAAUAAAGAAAUGAAAUCUAAAUUGAUUCAGCCAAAAGUAAAUUAAAGUUAGAAAUCGCCUAUGAGUCAAAAAUAAGUAAUAGAUAAAUUACAAUAAAAUCAAAUAGAAAAGAUAUAGAAAGAUAUGAAUAUAUAGAUAUUCAACAAAAUAAAAGGAGUUAAUAAAGUGACAUCUCAAUUUAUAUUAGAUAAAAGUGAAAAUAUUCAUUUGUCAGAUUUAGCAACAGUAUUAUCAGUUUAUAAUGAUCCAAACUUAGAUGAUUAAUAUAAGGGAAUUUGUUUUAGUUUAGAUCCAAUAGUAUUACCUAAUUAGGAAGAAUUCAAGUAAUAAGAGAAGGUUUGUUGGCCAGAUAAGUUUGUAAAUAGGAAUAUUAUUUAAGAUACAGAAUNUAAAUAAAUUAUAAUUAUUUUUAGUUAAAUGGUUAGCUAACUAGAAAAGAGUUUAUCAAACUUAGCUUAAAAUUCUAAAAUAUUAAAUUGA